AUGAUGCAGAGCAUCCAGGUGAACUCACCCAAAAAAGUCGUGCGGAUGCAAGGAGGAAGUGACGAAGAUGAAGAAAACGAAAAAGAAGAAUACCUCAUAACCAAUCUCACCGAAAACAAUAAAAAUAUGCCCAGUCUUAUAGUCCGUAUUCCAAGCAACAUGAAUAAAUUUUUAAGUAAAGAGGAAGUAAAAAUAAACUUUAAUGAAGAUAUUAAACUGCCUAAUAAAAAGGGGAGCAAAAAGUUGCGCUCCUUUAAGAUGGAGCCAUCUCCAACAGGCAGCUGUGAGCAGGUCACUGAGAAGACCACGGAAAAUACCUACGGGAGUUCCGAUGUCAAAGUGGACAGUACGUACCAGUCGGACGGGACAGAUGGAGGGGUUACCCCUAGGAAUGGGUUGCUCCCAGAACGGGGCAGCGGUGAAAGCGACGAUGAUAGAUACGACGAAGGUGACAACGAUGAUGACGAUGAAAUGAGUGAGGGACUCAUCAAGUCAUUCAAACAGAACUACGUGGAGAAGCACCAAACGGACCCUUACAAUGAAAGUGUUGCCUUCCUAAGAGAACACACAAAAAAUGAACUAGAAUAUUUUCUUCAAAAAAAAAAACUACACAGUUCUUACGAAAUGAAUAUAAAUGACAUUAUCAACAUCGACUAUGAUAAGCUGAACGAGAAAAAUAUCAUCCCGUACUUCUUAACCAACAUGUUCGAUGCAGAACAGAAGAAGAAGAGGGAGAAGUUGAAGCAGCUGUUGGAGGAUAAACGGAAGUCCAUGAUGGAGAGAUCAAAGAGGAGGCAUAACAAACAUAUGGAUAAGGGCAUCGCAGCGCGCCAGAAGGGAAAGCGCAGACGCAGCUCGAAGGGGAGGACACCGACGAAGGGGGAGAAGAUACACAGCGCCAAGUUGAAAAGGGAGAAGGGUGCAGGUGCAAACGGAAAGGUGGACCAAGAGGAUGACGACGCUGACGAUGAAAAUGAAGACGGUGAUGAAGAUGACCCCGACGGAGAGGACAUCUCUGACAGCAAGGGCCACUCCGAUCGGGGGGACGACUCCGGAAAAAACAAACAGGGGGCAAAGCUAGUCGGGGUAAAGGACAAAAGGACGCGCACAGAAGAGGACCCAUACCUGGACGACUUCGAUAAAGACGCCGACGUGGACGCCGAUGUGAACAUUUACAACGACCCGACGUUAUACGGAAUUGAAGGCAGCAGUGACUACUCAGAGGGGCUAAAGAGUGACGUAGAAAAUUCGCAAGAGGAUGAAGAAGCAAAGGAUCAACAACAGAUGGGAAACAUUUCAAAGACACAGAAGAAGAAAAAAAAAAAUGCAGAUGAUUUGGCAGAGGAUGAAGAAAAAAUAGAUGAUAUAAUAGAUACGGAAACGCAAAAAUUAAUCUCAUACGAUUACUACUCUAGUGUGAAUAUAAAAGAAGUGGUAAAGCCGAGUUAUAAAAUAAAAUCCUUAACCCCCUUUAUUCCCAUUGAGGAAAAUAUCGAUAAUUUAGAUCACGUCCAAAAAUUGCAAUACUUGAUUAAGAACCUGCCGCACACACAUAUAAAGGAGAAGAGGUCUCUGUACCACUACAACAUUAAGCAGUUCAUAAAGUGGAAAGUCUAUCUAAUGAAUAAUAUAAAUAUUUGCCUUUACGGAGUGGGGUCAAAAUAUCACGUCCUCAACCUGUUCUGUAACAUAUGCCUAAAUGAUGGGAACAAAUGCAUUGUGCUAGGAUUCGAAGAGGAAAUAAACUUUGAAGAAAUUAUAACACGCAUAUUGGAGUACCACUAUAAGUACAAAACGUCCAAAAAUUUAAAGUCCUUUGAUUUGCUCUACGAAUUAAUACACAAAGUAAAUGAGACUAAUUUACCCCUUUAUUUUGUCAUCCACAAUAUAGAUAACGUAAAAUUAUACCCCUACUAUGAAUACUUUUCUUUUAUGAGUCAAUAUGAUAAUAUUCACUUUGUUUGCUCUAUCGAUGAUGUUUCCUUUGAGCUCAACAUGAACUUCAAAAAUAUCAGCUCGAUCAAUUUUCACUAUGUGAAGUGCCACACGUGGUUAGACUACCGCCACGAAAUUCUGAGGCAGUGGAAUAAGUUCCUCCCAGAAUGGGUGUUCAAUAAAAAGUGCGAAGAAGUAGACGUGAAGAAAAACAUAGAAACUAUAUUAAAUGCACUUAGUAUAAAUCAUAAGAGACUCUUUAAAAUUAUUGCGUCCAUCCAGUUGGAAAAUUUGGAAAAGGGCAUCUACGGGGUGGAGAAGGAAUCCUUGCUCCAGGAUAAGCGAAUAUUUACCGUCGGAGCGUCCAGCAUUAGGAUAAACUCCCUUCUUGUCGAGUUCGUGUCUCACAAUGUUAUCACCGAAACGAGGCUCAAGGAGGGGAACACCUUCCUCAAAAUAAAUGCAGACAAGGAGGAACUCAAGAGGGUCGCCGAGCAGUUGUAG